AUGCAAGAUAAUGAUCCUAAGCAUACCUCAAGACUUGUUUCCAACUGGUUAGGUGAAAAAUACAUUCAAGUUUUAGAUUGGCAUCCACAGACUCAAAAUUUAAACUCUAUUGAGGUAGUCUGGGUUCUUGUAAAGUGUAAAUUAACUCAAUUUGGUAAAUUUAAAAAAGAUAAAUUAAAAGAAGAAAUUAAAUAA